AUCCUAAACCUAAUUGUCCCUUUCCAGAUGUAUCCAGAUGUUGCUGGUGAUGUGCAAUCCAUUACAGCAGGUGUUUGGCGUGGAUGGGGUUAACUUCAGUGUGCACGUGGAGAACCAGACCCGGGUGAGAGACGCUAUGAGCCGGCGGCACCACCGGGUCUACCAGCUCUACAGUCGCACCAGCGGCAAACACGUCCAGGUGCUGGGUAGACGCAUCAGUGCCCGCGGAGAGGACGGAGACAAAUAUGCCCAGCUUGUAGUGGAGGCUGACACCUUUGGUAGCCAGGUGAGAAUCCGCGGCAAAGAGACCAACUUCUACCUGUGCAUGAACCGCCGUGGCAAGCUGGUGGGAAAGAAGGCCAGUAAUAAAAGUGAAGACUGCGUGUUUGUAGAAAAGGUUCUGGAGAACCACUACACCGCACUAAUGUCGGCGCGAUACGCCGGCUGGUACGUGGGCUUCACCAAGCGGGGGCGCCCUCGCCGCGGCCCCCACACGCUGCCCAACCAGCAGGACGUCCACUUUAUGAAGCGCUUCCCACCAGGGGAGUACCCCGAAACCACGCCCUUCCGCUUCACAACAGUCAACAAGAGGAGUAAGAGGGUCCGUGCCCCCGGGACCCGCUAGCAGCUGACGCUAACGGCUACCAUCCAUCUACUGCCCAUUGCCGCCUGUACCUGCUUAUCCACUAACCGCUAAUGGGAUAACAUUGACCCUUCCUCUGGCCUUUAAUACAUGAUAAGUGGCUAAUUAGCGCCAUUGGACCCGGCUAACAUCAACUGCACCUGUUUCUGAAGCUAAUAGAUAAUGGACCAGUGCUACACAAACACUCCUUACCACCUGACCCCACCUACUGGGACAACAUGUACUCUCCUCCAGACCCUGGCUGGUAGGCCUACUAACUGGGCUAGUAGCACAGUACACCCCCUAACUUGACACUUGUCCCUACUACCUGUCACUGCCCCAGGGUUCACUAUUUCUGUCAAUUGACUGAAGGCCACUAAUAAUAACUUAAUUGUAUAGCGCUUUUCAACACAAGUAACAAAGUGCUUCACAUCAUAAAAUAAUCAAAUGAAAGUACUAACAAAAUAGAACAAGCCUAUAGCCCUGCUACUAGCCCGUCGACCUGGCCCACUCCCCUGCAAGGCCCAGAAGCUAUGACAAGGCCCCUGAAAGGUAGCUAAACUGACGCCCAGGCUUUCCACCUUAUGUAGGCCUCGUUUCCCUCCAACCCCCAAGCUUGAACAGAACGGUGCUAUUGCACUGUACCUUAGCAGUGGCCUGUUAAGCUCUGCUUUAGAACAAACAUACAAAAACUGGUCACUUGGCUGGUUUAGCACGCAUCUCUGCGUUAAGGUAAACGUGAUUGCUCUGAUAAAACAAGAAUGACUUCAGUGUGUUUAAACUCCUUAAAAUUACUUUGAAGGUUAAAAUGUAGCUAAGCUAGCGACACUGCAAUAGCCCCAACCUUUCUCCCAGGCUUGGACCAGAGCAGCUAUCCAACACUGUCCAGGACUGGAUGAUCGCCAAUGAUGGAGCGAAAGACAACGAGACGAGAGACAGACAGAAGGACAGACUGACAGAGAGGGGGACAGACUGGGGAACAGACUGGAGGUCUAUGGGACAGUGGCACCAUGAGAGAAAUGGUGGAGCAACAGGUGGACAAACGGGAAACAGGAAGAGGAACACAGGAAGUCAGUGAAGCGGAGGAUAAAGCCACAGAACAGGCCAGAAUGGCACCGUGGUGGAAUGGAUGGACUGCUUUGGAUGCACUUCUCUCUGCCUCACUCCCCUGGCGAGGAGAAUCUGUGUGAAUGAAUGUAUGUACAUUGUGUGAGUGUAUGUGUCAGUGUAAGGGCACCAAAGACCAUUUGUGAAGCUGUUUGGGGGGAAUCUGCCCUGUAUAACCUCCCCCAACGACUCACUAAAGGGACUGAAGCUUUAAGAACCAGAAUGUACAAACCAAGCUGCACCCAAAAUAAACAAACUCUAAUGACCACCAAAGACAACUGGAGACCAGCGACACAUCAACUCCCCAAGUCCCACCCCCAGGACAGAAUUCCCUCUUCUUAUAGGACCAGAGGGUGAUGACGGGUGCAUGGGGGGGAGGGUGCCUUCUCUUCAUAUUAGCGUUGCUAUAGAAACGACCCAGGGGAUGACGCUCCUGUGCAAUACCAUGGAUACAGAAUGCUGCUACCAGGACAUUCACUAAAGCACCAAAGUCUCAUACACAAAAUAUUAAAGGGAACAAUUUAUGAAAAGUUAUAUAUAUAAAGAUGACAAAAAAAACGAAAUAAGCAACCUUACUAUGAUUGUCACUAUAAUUGUUAUUAUAAAAUGAUUUAAUGUAUUUAUUUCAGCUGUUUGCUGAAGUCUUUCUAAAGUCAGUAAAGGUCACAGAAGCCUG